CUUCUCUUCAAACAAUCAGGUCGUGUGGGGAAACCGGCGGCUUAAACACCGAGUCAUCCGAAAAGAUCAUCACAAGAAGAAGAAGAAGAUGACAAUUGAUAAUCAGGCACGGCCUCCUAUUCUAGAUGGAGAAGGAACAAAUGUGGUAUUCACAACACCCAGAGAAAUUGAUCAAUCUGCUUCACUUGUGGAAGGGAUGAUGAUAACGAUCAAUGCUGCAUUCAAAGAACAAAGUAGUAGAACGAAAAUCUUGGAUUCCCAUCAAAGAAUGGUACAAGGGUCAAUUUUUGAACAACAGCUGGGCGAUGAUCCAAAAACGUUUUGUAUAAUUGUUUCACAACCACAGAAACCAUAUGUUGCAGGUACGAUUGCAGCUAGAAGAUUUCCUACAUCAUCUUUACCGAUCGAACGUGCUUCACUUACACCACAAGGGGAGCAACUAUCAACUAGAGCAAUCUUUACCAGAACAGAUAUACCCAUUCAGUAUGUCAAAUCCGUCUUUUGGGAAUUAAAGAUUUUAGCAGUUCAUCCUUCCAUGCAAGGUCAAAGGUUAGGAAAAUGGUUGAUCGAUACAGUAGAAGAUGAAAUCAAAAGAAGGACACUUGACAAAGAUCCAAAUGCAAAUGAAGUGAUUAUCGUUUUAACAACUGUCGAUCAACAUGCUGCACCCAUUUACCUUAAAAGAGGAUAUAUAAUAGACGGUCAACAAGAUUAUCCGGCUGGAACGGUAAAUAGCGAAUAUGGAUUCACAGUUUUGCACAUGCACAAAAGAUAUCAGCUGCCAUGAAAGAUGAAAAGACGACUUGAAUGAUCAUUUGUACAAUAGAACAGUUACCCUUGAAUGCAUACAUCGUGC